CAGACAGCAUCUCACGAGGUGGAUCAAUUGGCUGAAGUGAGGGCUCCAGCUUUUCAGUCAAAUCAGCCUGCUUCGCGAUAUGUCCAUCCCUUGCCGCAUACACUGGAGGUGGGUGAUGAUUUCGAGCUGUGGUCGGACAAGGUGUGCCGAUACAUUGAUCUGAUGAACGUGCCUCACCCGAACGCAUUCGUCAUCGAUUCUGUUGGACGGUCCUUGGAAAUGUACACAAUUGGUUUGGAUUACGUGCAUAUGCCCUUGACCACCCUGUUGAGUACUCUAAUAGCACGUAUAGUGCCACCAAUACCUCCCAUUGAAGCGCUGAAAAGAUUCAGCGAGUGCAACCAGAGACAAGGUGAAUCUAUCAACCAGUUCACCUUACGUCUCCGCAAGCUUGCGCGUCAAGCUAUGCAGGACAAGACACAUUCAGAGGUUGAAAGCGCUAUAUAUUCCAAGUUCUUGCAGGGCGUCGACGUCCGUUACAGGAAGGACUUCAACUUGCACACUCCAGCAUCCAUGACAGAAGCGGAAGCUAGGGCACGCCUAAUGGAAAGCCUGGAAGAGCCAGGAACCACAUGCCCACAAGUAAACGCAAUGGGAUAUCAGCACACAACAACAAAGCAUGCGCAGAAUCCUACACCACCGUGGAAAGGACGCCCACAGUCGCAAUCCACUUCAAGAAACGAUUGCUACUACUGCAGGCGGUUUGGUAAGCUUGCUAGGAGUUGUGGUCACAAUGCAGGUGAGUCACAUGUCGAUAUGAAUUGUGUGCCUACUGUAAACCUAAUCGGUGUCACCUCCUCCCCGAAAGUUGUAGGUUAUAUAGGCGGGAAAAAGUGUGUUAUGUUAGUUGACUCAGGAGCAACUUGUUCUGUCGUACAUUCCUCAUGUGUUCCAGAGACGUUUAGGCCAACAAUAGGGACUCACAAUUUGCGGCUUACGACAGCCAAUGGAGAUUGCAUGCAAUCCCAGGGACUGGUCCUGCUGCCACUUAAAUUGGGAACACUGUCACUUCAACACAAUUUCAUCAUUUCUACCCGGGUGCCGUGGCAGGUAAUCUUGGGAGUCGACCUCCUGGAAAAGCUGUCGGGAAUAAUAGAUUGUAGUCAUAGGACUCUUAUACUGAAGGACUGUUCCAUCCCAUUUAUUGUAGGGAACGACAAAGAGCAUGGCACUUUUGGCGUGCAGGGAGAUGCUAAGACUGAGAAACAGCGAAUGCUGACGACUAUAGAACCCCUACCAUCGGAAACGGCUGCCAACUUUAAUAAAAUGUUAGACAAAUAUGAGGACUGUUUUGACUGGGAUGGAAAAAGCCCGGGAAGAACAAAACUGGUCCAACAUCACAUAGAAACGGGUAACGCCCCACCUUGUAGACAACCUGCACGGCGAGUACCUGCACAUUACCAGAAGGAGCUUAACAGGUUAGUUGAUGAACUGUUAGAGAAAAAUGUCAUCAAACCAUCCGUAUCUCCAUGGGCUUCACCGGUAGUUUUAGUUAAGAAAUCGAAUGGGACACUCCGGUUGUGUGUAGAUUAUCACGACACUUUUGAUGCCUUAGAGGGGUCGAAUUGGUUUACCACUCUAGAUCUGGCAUCGGGAUAUUGGCAGGUUGAAGUACACCCAGAUGACAGGCAAAAGACAGCAUUCAUUGUACAAGCAGGCCUGUAUGAGUUUGAAACAAUGCCGUUUGGGUUAGUCAAUGCUCCAGCAACAUUCCAACGCCUCAUGCAAACGGUCUUGAGUGAUUGCAUACCAGGUAAGUGUUUGGUAUAUUUAGAUGAUGUUAUCAUACACAGUAAGACGUUGACCGAACAUUUAAGUGAUAUUUCCGAAGUAUUAGAACGGAUGCAGACCGUUGGGUUAAAACUGAACCCAUCGAAAUGUCAAUUCUUCAGGAAAGAAGUGUGUUUCUUAGGUCACAUUGUUUCAGCCGAAGGCAUUAAAUGUGAUCCAGCAAAAGUUCAGGAAGUCAAAGACUGGCCGCUCCCAAACUCAGCCCCCGAGUUACAUAGUUUUUUAGGUUUAGCCUCGUAUUAUCGACGUUUUGUACUUAACUUCUCUUUCCUUGCAGCUCCUCUAUUCGACAUUCUUAAGAAGAAAGACUACAAUUGGACAGCAUCAGCGACGGAAGCCUUCGAAAGACUAAAAAACUGUUUAUGUAGCCCCCCUAUCCUAGCGUAUCCCAAUGUUUCUGACCAGGCAGGUCCAUUCAUCCUAGAUACAGAUGCUAGCGACUCUGGUAUCGGGGCAGUUUUGUCUCAAAAAGACGCAGAUGGAGUAGAAAAGGUGAUAGCCUAUGCAAGUCGAGCACUCAACAAGAGUGAGAAGAAUUACUGCACCACGCGGAAAGAAAUGCUGGCACUGGUCAAUUUUGUUAAACACUUUAGGGCAUAUCUCCUCGGUAGACAUUUCAUUGUACGCACUGAUCACAAAGCCCUUAGCUGGCUACAUAACUUCAAAGAAGCUGAGGGUCAGAUUGCCAGAUGGCAAGAACACCUACAAGAGUAUGACUUCGAAUGCAUGCAUAGACCGGGUAAGAAUCAUGGAAAUGCAGAUGCGUUGUCAAGAAAACCUCUUAGGUAUCACGGUGACUGCCCAUCAUGCACCGAAGCACAAGUUUCACUGCUCCAACUAGAGGCUCAUACUUCAUAUAGUUGGCCUGAACUUCAGUCUUCAGACCCUGAACUGGCCUUGAUUUACGAACGUGUUCGAAAUGGAGGCGAACGACCGACAACCCAGGAAAUAGGUAAGCUUGGAUGGGAAACCCGGUGUUUAUGGUCUCUGUGGGAUAAUCUGAAAAUUGUCGAUGACAUCCUCUACUACCAACAUGGACCCACUUAUACUCGUCGCGUUGUGGCUCCACAGUCGGCACUACCCACAGUACUAUUGUCAUUACACCAGCAGUUAGGCCACGCGGGCUCAGGGAAAAUGAUUGAAGCGGCUAAAAGACGUUAUUGGUGGCCUCACCAGAGGAAAGACAUCAUAGAUUUCUGUGACUCCUGCGAGGUAUGCCAAACUAUUAAGGCUCCGCACAAAUAUAAUAAGGCACCCUUAGAACCCAUUAUAGCUGGCCAUCCGAAUGACUUAGUACAAAUAGACUUGGUUGGACCUCUCCCAGUAACUUCCAGAAAUAAUAACUAUAUUUUAGUCAUGGUAGACCAUUUUACCAAAUGGUGCGAGGCUAUUGCGAUCCCACAGAUUGAUGCUGUAACCAUCGCAGAGUCAAUUUUUGACCACUGGGUCAGCCGUUGGGGGGCACCACUUCAACUGCAUUCAGAUCGAGGAUCCAACUUUGAAAGUAUCGUUGUCAGCGAACUCUGUCGUAUAAUGGGUAUCCGGAAGACACGCACUACCGCGUACCACCCACAGGGAAAUGGCUUGGUUGAACGCACCAAUCGGACACUUAAAGCCCUCUUGCAGGCAUUUGUAGAUCAAAACAACCCCAGGGAAUGGGACCGAUCACUCUCACAGUGCUUAAUGGCAUACAGAGCAAGCAUUCACAAAGCUACGCGUCAAACGCCUCAUUAUAUGGUCACUGGAAGAGAACUCCGGUUGCCAAUCGAUCUGACUUCAAACACACUAGGAGAGGAUACACUGAUUGCAUCUGAACACGUAAUCAGACUUCGACGAAACCUGAACAAGGUACAUCAGAUGACUAGGGAUAUACUCCAAACAAACCAGAGGUACCAGAAAGAAUACUAUGAUAGGAAAGCACAUGGAUCACCAGUCGAGCCAGGAGACAAGGUGAUGCUACUUAAGGAGGCACCACCUAAAGGGAAAGCUCUUAAAUUCCAUAAACGCUGGGAAGGACCAUUCACUGUAGUAGAGGUACUAAGUGACUGCACCUGUAGGAUUCAGGAACCGAAUUCCUCUCAUAGUCUAGUCACACACUUCAAUAGACUAAAACCUUUUCGACAACAGGCCUUAGAGCAGACAAGUCCCGCAGGAACAGUCACCUAGCACUGCGGACAGUGCUCCUAUGGGAGAGGGGGUAGUGUAAGGCAUGGUAAGUUUGGCGGUUUUCUAAUGUUCAAACCAUGCUUGUCUACUUUCAGGUUGGCUGCGAAGUAUGCAGGGAUUGGUUACCCAAGACGAGGCAACGGAUGACCAAUAGGAGUGCCCUUCCCUCUUAUCUACUUGUAUUGCGAUUGGUUGUAAAUAUAAUACUUGACCUUGAGUCCUCGUUCUUACUAGCACGCAACACUUGUGUGAUCACACUGCUAACGUGCGCUUUGCUCUCUGUUUCAGAUCAUUGCUUGACGAGUGGGAUUACAUAAAUGGCGAGCCUGCCAACGAAAAAACUUUCUUCUUCUAAGUCUCGACCCAAUGAGGCUUCCAAGAACACUUCUCCUGUCAAACAGACAGCAUCUCACGAGGUGGAUCAAUUGGCUGAAGUGAGGGCUCCAGCUUUUCAGUCAAAUCAGCCUGCUUCGCGAUAUGUCCAUCCCUUGCCGCAUACACUGGAGGUGGGUGAUGAUUUCGAGCUGUGGUCGGACAAGGUGUGCCGAUACAUUGAUCUGAUGAACGUGCCUCACCCGAACGCAUUCGUCAUCGAUUCUGUUGGACGGUCCUUGGAAAUGUACACAAUUGGUUUGGAUUACGUGCAUAUGCCCUUGACCACCCUGUUGAGUACUCUAAGAGCACGUAUAGUGCCACCAAUACCUCCCAUUGAAGCGCUGAAAAGAUUCAGCGAGUGCAACCAGAGACAAGGUGAAUCUAUCAACCAGUUCACCUUACGUCUCCGCAAGCUUGCGCGUCAAGCUAUGCAGGACAAGACACAUUCAGAGGUUGAAAGCGCUAUAUAUUCCAAGUUCUUGCAGGGCGUCGACGUCCGUUACAGGAAGGACUUCAACUUGCACACUCCAGCAUCCAUGACAGAAGCGGAAGCUAGGGCACGCCUAAUGGAAAGCCUGGAAGAGCCAGGAACCACAUGCCCACAAGUAAACGCAAUGGGAUAUCAGCACACAACAACAAAGCAUGCACAGAAUCCUACACCACCGUGGAAAGGACGCCCACAGUCGCAAUCCACUUCAAGAAACGAUUGCUACUACUGCAGGCGGUUUGGUAAGCUUGCUAGGAGUUGUGGUCACAAUGCAGGUUGGCUGCGAAGUAUGCAGGGAUUGGUUACCCAAGACGAGGCAACGGAUGACCAAUAGGAGUGCCCUUCCCUCUUAUCUACUUGUAUUGCG